UUCCUCAUCUUCGCCUCUCGACAAACCAACAUUCUCCAAAGCACUCUUUCCCACCAAACCGAUUGUUAUUAUUUGAUCCAUUUCAUCCAUCAGUAACCAUGGCCUACAAUCUCCAAGUCGAUAUUCACUCCGCCAAAAGUUUGCGCGAUACUGAGGACUUUGGCAGAAAUGACCCUUAUGCGCGCGUCAGUUUGGACAUGAAGAACGAUGCCGCCUACAAGAAAACUACCACCAAGUCAAACGCUGGAAGAAGCGCUGAGUGGAACGAGACCGUGGUCCUUACUGACUUUGAUCCAAGCCUACAUGCUUUCUUGUACGUCGAGGUCAUGGAUGAAGAGCAUGGCACUGAUGCCCCUAUCGGCUUUGCUGAUAUCCCCUUGAACCAGGUCAACAGUGCUACUAACAAGUCACUCAGCGGCAGGUUCGAUCUCUACACCGAGAAGGGCAAGCAGAAGGGCACCAUCACCCUUACCAUCUCGGUCCUUGCGGCUAACGAAGAAGCUCGCCCCAUUCCUAGCCCUGCAGAGACUGAACAUAAAUCCCAGUACUUGAAUGAUCAUCAGGAGCGCUUCAAGGAGCUCGAGAGAAAAGAGGAUUUAGGUGAUGCCUUCAAGCCCUUCGAUGCUCUCCGCAAUAAGAAUUAGGAUAGACAAUCUAUCGGCCGCUUUAAACGCGAGAGAACCUUG